AGGCUGCGCAGGCGGCGGCGGCGGCGGCGCUCGCUCGGCCGACUUCCCCGCUCCCGGGCCCCCCGCGCGCUCCGGCCGCCCCGCGCCGGGACCCUUGCGCUCCGGCCGCCCCCGCGCCGGCUCCGGUCCCGCCCCGGGACCCCCGCCCCGGCCGGCCCGGCCCCCACCCCAGCCCUGCCGCCCGGCCCCAGGCCCGGCCGCGGCCGCUCCCGCCCGGAGCCGCCGCGCGCCCCCAGCCCCCCGGCGCCCCCGCGGCCCCUCGCCUUCCUCUUCCCGGCGCGGCCCCCGGGCUUCCGCGCCCCGCCCGCCACCAACCCGCUCGCCACCAUGUCCGUGGAGCUCGAGGAGGCCCUGCCGCUGACGACCGCCGACGGGGCGGCCAAGAAGGCGGCCAAGGCCGGUGGCUCGGCCGCGCUGUCCCCGUCCAAGAAGAGAAAGAACAACAAGAAGAAGAACCAGCCGGGCAAGUACAGCCAGCUGGUGGUGGAGACCAUCCGGCGGCUGGGCGAGCGCAACGGCUCGUCGCUGGCCAAGAUCUACGCGGAGGCCAAGAAGGUGGCGUGGUUCGACCAGCAGAACGGGCGCACCUACCUCAAGUACUCCAUCAAGGCGCUGGUGCAGAACGACACGCUGCUGCAGGUGAAGGGCACCGGCGCCAACGGCUCCUUCAAGCUCAACCGCAAGAAGCUGGAGGGCGGCGGCGAGCGGCGCGGAGCCCCGGCGCCCGCCUCCGCCCCGGCGCCCGCCGCGCACAAGGCCAAGAAGGCGGCCCCGGGCGCGGCCGCCCCGCGGCGGGCGGACAAGAAGCCCGCCAAGGGCCCCCCGCCCGAGAAGCGCUCGCACAAGAAGGGCGCCGCCUCCAAGAAGGACAAAGGCAGCAAGGCCAAGAAGGCGGCGGCCGCGGGGGGCAAGAAGGUGAAGAAGGCGGCCAAGCCCAGCGUCCCCAAAGUGCCCAAGGGCCGCAAGUGAGCGCGGGCCGCGGCGCCCGCUCUGCCACCCCGCGUGCGCGCAGGUCUGGCGCGGGCCCCGGCCCGGGACCGCCGUGCGCGCUCCGCCAUCAGGGGCCCGCGCCCGCGCCGCCGUGCCCAUCCCCCGUGUGGGAGCGGGCUUUUUUUUGUUUGCUUUAGAAUUUUGAAACGGCCCCGGAGACGCCCCUAUUGGCUCUCGCCCUUGGCAACGGCUGUCGUCUCGGUUCCCGGACCCCGGGCGCCCGGGCCCUGCGCGCGAGGACGCGGCGGCCGCGCAGCCCUGCCCGCCCCCGCGCUCCCCGCCUCCGGGCGCGCGCGCCGGGCCAUCGCGCGGGGCGCGCGGCGCUCCCCUCCCCCCCGCCACCUUUUUUGGGGCACAAUAAAUUGUUUAAACCUUUGAACCGCUC